AAUGUCUGAAGAAUCAAUUGUUGACAGUACAGAAAAUGAAGUAAUGGCUGAAGAAGAAUCUGAAGAAAAUCAAGAGCCUAAAUUGUAUAACCACGUAUUGACUGAAGAGCAAAAACAACGUAAAAUAAAAUGCGUCACUUGGGACGACAAAGUUGUUGAGGUUGAGUGGUAUUUGAUGAUGCAAUGCGGGGCUUUUGUUUUGCUUUGGGAAAGUUUGAAUCUUGAAGAUGCUGCUAAUCCAGAAGCUUUGGAUAAUUUCAAUUUUCCGCUCAAUGAAAUUACUGAAGAAUGUUUUGUUAAAGUUGUGGAAUGGCUUAGAAAUCACCAAGGUUUAGGCCCGAUCGAAAUUAAACUCGACCAUAUCACUGGCGAGCGCAAAUGGUUUACUUUAACUGAAUGGGAGAGGAACUUUUUCGAGAUUGAUUUUGAAUUUUUGAAGGAAAUUUAUUUGGCUUCUAAUUUUUUGGACAUUAAAUCCCUCUACUAUUAUUGUGCUCAAGAAGCGGCACGUUGUAUUAUGGAUAAAAGUGCUCAGGAAAUACGUGAUAUGUUGGGAUUGCCGGACGUGAGGAAUUUUUAUAUUUUAUUUAAUUUUGAGUAA